AUGGCUGACCCUCAUACUAAAACAGAGGACCUCCCACCACUCCACCCCAACACCACCACCACCCCUCUUCUCGAUUCCAACCAUACCCACCACCCAGAAGAACAAGGCCUCGAAAUCAAAGAUACCCAGUUGGAUCAAACCCUUCAAAAGCUUGAAGCUUUCCUCACUCUGUUGGGUUUCAACCAAACUUGUAUUUUCAGCUGUAUACUAUCUUGGUUUGCUUUUGUGAUCAUCGGAGUAUUGCUUCCGGUGCUUGUUCUUGUGAUUUUCAACUGUUCUGAUUGCGAUAAGUUCCAGAUUGAGGGGUUUGAGCUUGUUAUUGUGGGCUCUCAGGCUUGUUUGGCUGCUGUGUCUUUGCUUUGUUUAUCUCACAAUCUUCGCAAGUAUGGCAUUCGGAGAUUCUUGUUUGUUGAUCGGUAUACUGGCCAUAUGGUUCGGUUUCGAAACGAUUACAUAAAUCAGAUUAAGGGUUCUUUUCGGUUGCUACUUUGGUGGUCACUGCCAUGUUUGCUGUUGAAGACUAUACGUGAAGUGGUCCGCAUGCUAUAUGUCCAUCAUGAUUCAUGGUGGCUCUCAGUUUCUAUUUUAUUAGCUUUGGUUCUAUCAUGGACAUACGCGAGUACAAUCACCCUCACAGCCAGCAUUUUGUUUCACUUGGUCUGCAAUUUGCAAGUAAUCCACUUCGAGGAUUAUGGGAGGCUCUUGGAAAGGGAAUCUGAUGUUUUGGUAUUUAUGGAGGAGCACAUUCGGCUUCGGUAUCACCUCUCUAAGAUAAGCCACAGGUUUCGGAUCUUCCUACUUCUGCAGUUUUUGGUUGUCACAUCAAGCCAGUUUGUGACUCUAUUUGAGGUCACUGGAUAUAGUGGAAAGAUCACAUUCAUUAAUGGUGGUGAUUUUGCUGUCUCCACAAUUGUUCAGGUAGUCGGGAUUAUUAUUUCUCUACACGCAGCAACCAGAAUUUCUCACAGAGCCCAGGCCUUAGCAUCACUUGCCAGUAGAUGGCACGCACUAGUAACAUCCAGUUCUAAUGAUUCAUCUCACAACAGAAAUUCAAACAGUACGGGGAACCUUGAGGCUGCCAACACAAUUAACUCGCUGCAUCUAAGUUACUCUGAGAGUGAUUUGGAGUCGUGUGAUUAUUAUGUUUCAAUGCCUACAAAUACACAGCUGGCUUCAUAUAUGUCCUCAUAUCACAGGAGGCAAGCUUUUGUAAUGUAUUUGCAAACUAAUGCUGGAGGGAUCACAAUAUUUGGGUGGACAGUUGAUAGAGCCCUCCUCAACACAAUCUUCUUCAUCGAACUAUCUCUGAUUACCUUUGUGCUUGGUAAAACAAUAGUUUUCUCAUCGACUUAACAGGUGCCUGGUUCCCACUCUUACCCAACCACGUUAAAGUUGGGAAAUCGGCAGAACCAACAAGAAAAACUAUGGAAUUACAGCACAAUUUCUUCAGUCUGAUAGUUUACUGCCACAAAAGAUUAAGGUUUACCCUUUCAUUGCUUCGAUUGUUUCCCCAUGACAUCUAUACGAAGCUCUUUGCAUUACCAUUUGGUUCACAGAUGCUUCCUUCUUGUUUGAUAUACCAUAGGCCACAGAGAAAUAGGAAGAGGCUUGCUUGUUGUAAAGUUUAAAAUGAGAUACCCAGAGUCGGGCUUAUUUUGUUUGUGUCAGUAGCUGUAGCCAUCACAUGUGCGCCUGUGUAUGUAAAUUAGUUGCGAUUGCACCAGAAAUUCAGCAUCUUUUUCUUUUGGUCAGAAGAAAUUCAGCAUCUUU